AGAGAUACAUCGAUAGCAUCGCGAGUGGGUAAACCAGUCGGUUCGGCGCUUUCUUUUUCAAUGGACUGAAUUUUCUUUAGUUGCUCUAUUUACGCAAGCGAAACGAAUUGAUGCAAUUGCCCGGAUCCGGAAACAUUGCGGGCUAGGCAACGCAACUGCAGUGAAUUUUCGACCCGUGGAUUGCGUCACAGUGCGGGAAAUGCGAAUUUGACGACCAUCUGUGCGCCGAUCGGUGGAAAACUCUCGAUUUUGCAGUGGGCGACCCACCAAGGACGACCUAGAAACACCCCAGACAGGCAGCAGAAAGUGGGACAGGUGAUAUCACUGCAGAACCAUGAUCCACGUCGGCGAGAACUCGUGGAAUCUGCGGAUCUUCAUCACGGAUCUGGCACUGGAGAAGACGAUGCGCGUGCGCGGUGACCAGCACAUUGGGGGCAUCAUGCUGCAACUGGUGGAUCCGGAGAAUCCCAAGGACUGGUCGGAUCAUGCUUUGUGGUGGCCAGCGCGGAAUGUUUGGCUCAGCAGAACUAAGUUGACCCUGGACCAGUAUGGUGUCCAAGCAGACAGCCUGUUGCACUUCACACCCAUGCACAAAAUACUGCGGGUGCAGCUGCCGGACUUGAGGUACUUGGACUGUCGGGUGGAUUACUCCGUGAAGACGUUUUCGGCAGUGGUUAAUCUGUGCAAGCAAUUGGAUAUCCGCUACCCGGAGGAGUUGUCCCUGUGCAAACCACUGGAAGCCGAGCACCUGAAGCGCAACUUCGCCCAGGUGCCGCAUCAGAAGCGAGUGCCAAUCGCUGAGCCCGAUGGCACCACUUACUUACAGCCUGCUGCGGACACCAACUCGUUUGUGCCCAUCAGCACUUCGUUUCAUGGCGAAGGCGGGAGCACGGGCAGCCUGGACAAGCCUUCUGCACCAGGAUCCUUCUUCUGUGCUCCUCUGUCGCCGCACAAUCACCGAGCCCGCUCGCCAGUGCGCGCUGUCUCACCUUCCCCAGGGACCUGGAAACAGAGCCAGCUUGGCUAUGCCACGUACGAUUCAAGCUCUUCAAGUCUUGGCGAUUUCCAGGAGAAUUUGGCCACCUCUCCGCCCACACCCUGCGGGGAUGUGCGAGCCCUUUUGUUGCGCCCCAAGUCGCUGGUGGAGAAGGCGCGCCUGAAUGUGGGCUGGCUAGACUCGUCGCUGUCCAUCAUGGAACAGGGCAUACGGGAGUACGACACGCUGUGCCUGCGCUUCAAGUACUUCACCUUUUUCGACUUAAAUCCCAAGUGCGACCAGGUGCGCAUCAAUCAGCUGUACGAGCAGGCCAAGUGGAGUGUGCUUAACGAAGAGCUGGAUUGCACAGAGGAGGAGAGCCUUAUGUUCGCCGCCCUCCAGUUUCAGGUCAACCAUCAUGUAAAUCAUACACCACAGGGUGGAGCAGUGGACUCGGGCAUUGAAACUUCCAGUCAGGAGAAUGACAACGAAGAUGAGAUUGAUUCGGCACUCAAAGAGCUCCAGAUUACGCUGGAGGGGCCGGACUACGGCGGAGAUUCGAGGAACAUUACACGCAUACCGGAGCUAUCCGACUAUUUGCGGUACCUAAAGCCGCAAAGAUUCACGCUGCGCGGCUACAAGCGAUACUACUUCACCUACCGGGAUCUGCACUUGCACCUGUUCAAGAACGCCGAAGAGUCGCGACGUGUUGCGCCUGCCAUAAGCAUUAACCUGAAGGGCUGCGAAGUGACCCCGGAUGUAAACCUGUCCCAAGGAAAGUAUGCUAUUCGGCUGGAAGUUUCUCCGGAGGGUGGCCAUGGCACCAACAGCGAGGUGUGGGUGCGCUGCGAGAACGAGCAGCAGUACGCCAAGUGGAUGGCCGCUUGUCGUUUGGCGGCCAAGGGAAGAUCCCUGGCGGAUAGCUCGUACGAGGGUGAAGUGGAUAGCAUACUCUCGUUACUGCAGAUGCAGCGACCAGCACACGGAGUGCAUGUAAACAUUGAUCCUCGCUCCGUUGAAGCAGUUGAUUACCUAUCGCCCAAGAUCGUCCGUAAACUGUCCAACAAGGCAGUUCAGCGGAUCCUUGAAGCACAUGCCAACGUUAGGGAGCUGAAUGCGUUAGAUUCAAAACUGAAGUACAUCCAAGCCUGGCGGUCGUUACCAGACUUUGGAGUAAGCCUGUUCAUCAUCAAGUUUGACGGGCACCGGAAGGAGGAGCUGCUCGGCGUUGCCCACAACCGCAUCAUGCGCAUGGAUCUGAGUUCGGGGGAUCACAUCAAGACCUGGCGAUACAACAACAUGAAGGCAUGGAACGUCAACUGGAACAUUAAAUGCAUGAUGAUCCAGUUCGAGGACGAGAAUGUGGUCUUCUCCUGCCACUCGGCCGACUGCAAGGUGGUGCACGAGUUCAUCGGUGGCUACAUCUUCAUGUCGAUGCGGUCCAAGGACAACAACCAGACCCUCAACGAGGAGCUCUUCCACAAGCUUACAGGCGGCUGGUCCUAGGACUAAUUGCUCGAUUUUAAUGGCAGCCAGUUUUAUUUGUUCGAAUUUUGUUAAGAUAAACCUCUGUUUUAACUGAUAACCAACUGAUAGACUCACAACUUCAA